AGUUGGCUUUGUGCGCGUGCUGCGUUCUGUUGUGAAUAACGCUUUGUGGUGCUAUAUUAAAAUCAUUUUGGCACAACCAGUGCCGGGCCAGACGAAAAAAGAACGAGCACAUCGAAUAAUACAAAUUUUCUACACGCCGCUAUAGACAACAAAAACAUAAAAAAGUUGAAAAACAAAUUACACGUUUCUAUACAGUUUUUUCCCCCCCUUCAUAUAUGUAUAUAUGUAUGUGUGCAAUUGAUUGGCAAGCAAUAUGCGAACAUUGUAGCGUUUAGUGAUAAUACUUUUUUUUUAAUAAUAAUAAUUGUGUCGUUUUUUUCGGAUUCUGACACAAUUACUGCCACUAUUAUAUUUAUCGAUUAUUUGAUAAAGAUUAUAAGAUUCGCGCAAGCAAUAGUAAAUAAUUUGUAUAAGCACAUUCCUUUCCCGUUAAUGAAAGUGAUAAGUGCAAUAUAAAAUUACCAAAAAAAAAAAACAAAAACAACAGGGAAUUAUAUGUAAAAAGUAAUUACACAUAAAGUUUGUGAUACGACUGAGAAAAAAAGUGAAAAUUGUUCAAUUCUGUGUGAAGAGUUGAAAGUAUUAAACUUAACUGUAAAUAAAUUAUUGUAAUAAAUAAUAUCAAAUAAUGAACCGGACUAGAAAAAAGAUAGAACGUCCAACAAAUCCAUAUCCAACGGUAAAUUUGCUCUCGCGCUGGAGUUUCUGGUGGAUGCGCGAUAUCUUUCGCUUGGGUCUCAAGGGUCCGCUAAGAGAAGAGGACUUAUAUCAAAAUCGUCAAUCGUUAGAUAGCGAAAGGCUUACCGAUAAGUUUAGUAAGCUUUGGGAGGAGGAACGUCUACAUAAGAAACCCAGUAUUUUGCGCGUGAUUGGACGCGCCUAUGGUUCAGUAUUUUUGCCACUUGGCGUGCUUUAUUCCAUAACUGAAUCGAUUUGCAAAGCUAUACAACCCUUGUUGCUGGGUGGUCUUGUCGCCUACUUUGUCGAAGGCCAGACAACAACAACCGAGCUAGAUGCUUAUAAACUUGCUGCCGGCAUUGUGCUAUGCUCUGUGAUACCAGUUUUUUCGUUUCAUCCGUUUAUAUUUUACAUAUUUCAAGUAGGCACUAAAAUAAGAAUCGGCCUAUCGGGUCUAAUAUAUCGCAAAUGCUUACAAAUCUCUAAGAAUGCCAGUAACGAUGGGUUGCGCGGACGCGCCAUAAAUAUACUCUCGAACGAUGUGGGGCGCUUCGAUGUGGCGUUGGCUUUUCUGCAUGAUCUGUGGAAAGGACCCACUGAAUCACUAAUUAUCGGCUAUCUUAUGUAUCGAGAGAUUGGUAUCUCAGCAGUUAUUGGCGUGGCAUUCAUGCUGAGCUUCAUACCUCUGCAAGCUUAUGUGGGCAAGAAGGCGGCCUAUUACCGACGACGAACUGCCGAGCGUACGGAUUUGCGUGUAAAGUUGAUGAAUGAAAUUAUACAGGGCAUACAAGUGAUCAAAAUGUAUGCAUGGGAAAAUUCGUUUACCAAACUUAUAGCGGAUAUAAGAUUUAAAGAAGUGCGCGCUAUAAAGGGUACCUCGUAUAUACACGCGGCGCUGAGUUGUACCUCCAUGAUAUCACCGUUAUCAGUUUUUCUCGCAUUGGUUUCCUACAUUUACCUCGGCGACUCAUUGACCGCUAAGCGCGUGUAUACGGUAUCUUCGUAUUUUAACAUGCUGAACGAUUCGAUGGUACACUUUUGGCCAUUGGCGAUCACAUUCGUGUCGGAGGCAACGGUAUCAGCGAAACGUGUGCGCGAAUUCCUACAAGAUGGAGAUGCGGCGACAACGCCCGUAUUGAAAAAAGAUAAGAAACAUUUGGCGAAGAAGAAUAAUAAUGAGAGCAGUGAAAAAGCGGAACUUAACGGCAAUGUGAGUGAAGGAGAGAAUUUCUUGGAUCUUGUAAAUGGGCGUGAAGUACAUCCACACGCCGAACGUAAGGGUGUCGAUAUACGAAAUGUUAGUGCUACAUGGGAUGCAGCUGCGCCGACGGAUGGCAAGGGAAAUGUAGCACUCUCGAAUCUGAAUGUGAAAAUUGGCGAGCGCGCCAUGGUAGCUAUUGUGGGUCCUGUUGGUUCGGGCAAAUCGACGUUACUAAAUGCGUUGCUUGGCGAGGUCAAAAUUAAUUCCGGUCAAAUUGUGAUUAACGGCAAAUUAUCAUAUGCGGCGCAAGAACCUUGGGUGUUCGAGGGCACUGUACGCGAUAAUAUUGUUUUCGUGGAUUCAUACAAUGAACGACGCUAUAAGAAAGUUAUAAAAGCAUGUGCGCUAGAACGUGAUCUGGAGCUAAUGCCGAACGGUGAUUUAACAAUUGUCGGCGAGCGUGGCGUUAGCUUGAGUGGCGGUCAAAAGGCGCGCGUCAAUUUGGCACGUGCAAUUUACCACAAGGCAGACAUCUACCUGCUCGACGAUCCACUUUCGGCUGUGGACACACAUGUGGGAAAACAUAUAUUCGAGCGUUGUAUUACUGAGUUCCUUUAUGAUAAGAUAGUGAUUUUGGUGACACAUCAACUGCAAUAUCUUUUCGAAGUGGAGCAGCUAAUACUCAUGAACUCGGGACGCAUUGAGGCACAGGGCAGAUAUCAGGAUCUACAGAAAAAUGAAAAGUGCCAGUUCCUGCUAAUGCAAGCUACCUAUGAAACACCCAAUGAAACGGCAGACUCAACAGAUGCGCUUAGCGUUGAUAGCCGCAUGUCGCGCAGUGAGUCAGAGAAGAGCAUGGAACAUCACCAGUUACUGCGCGCGGAUGAAACGCCAGUCGAGGAUAUGAAUCAAGAGCAACAGGCGGUCGGCUCCGUGAAAUUGAGUGUCUACAUGUCGUUCUUUAAAGCCUUAGAAAGCCCCAUACUACUUUUCAUAAUUGUGGCAUUAUUUAUAUGCGCCCGAUUUAUGUUAACAGGAGUCGACUACUUCUUGUCUAGGUGGGUUAUUUGGGAAGAGAAAGUUUCGAUAGCCAGCGCUACACCGAUGAGAAGCUUGAAUGACAACAAUAUCACCUUAUUGGCGAAUGAAACCGCGGCCAAUCGUUCGUACGUACAUAAUGAUGCAGAAAAUGAGGAAGCCGUACGUCAAGAGUUGGUCACUUUCUAUGCAAUUAUACUCGGCUCCACAAUGGUCGUUUACAUACUGCGUACGUUCGGCUUCUUCCGCAUGUGUCUUCGUAUAUCGCUCAAACUGCACGAUCGACUUUUCCGUGGCAUUACACGCACCAGCAUGUAUUUCUUCAAUGUCAACUCGUCUGGCAGAAUUCUAAAUCGUUUUGCUAAGGAUAUACGCACCGUGGAUACUGAUGUGCCACAUACAUUGUUGGACUGUAUAGCGUUUGCUAUUGACAUCUCUGGCGUGCUUAUAAUAGUAGCCAUUGCUAAUUAUUGGCUAUUAGUGCCGGCUGCAUUUAUUGUCGCCUUUCUAUUUCUCUUCCGUUACAUCUAUGUGAACACCAGCCGUAGCGUUAAGCGCAUAGAGUCGAUUACACGCAGUCCGAUAUAUUCACUGACCAACCAGACAUUUCAAGGACUCAGCACCAUACGUGCGUUACAAGCGGAAUCGGCACUGGAUUCGGAAUUUCACGAUUACAUGAAUGGCAACACAUGCGCCUGGUUUCUGUUCAUCUCCUGCACUCGUGCCUUCGCGCUGUGGUCGGACUUCCUAUGCGUGCUCUACAUUGCAGCUGUGACUUUCAGUUUUCUGGUUUUACACAACCAGUUCAAUAGCGGUGAUGUCGGCUUGGCGAUAUUGCAUUCAAUGACCAUGAUUGGUAUGUGUCAAUGGGGUAUGCGUCAGACGGCGGAACUGGAAAAUGAUAUGACGAGCGUAGAGCGCAUACUCGAGUAUACGCAACAGCCACCGGAACCGCCGCUAGACACAGAACCAAGUAAAAAACCAAAAGGUGAAUGGCCUAGUGAAGGGCGCAUUGAGUUUGUGGAUCUGAAAUUGCGUUAUUCGCCGAAGGACUCUUAUGUGCUGAAAGGCUUAAACUUUGUUAUAGCACCGCAAGAAAAGAUCGGUAUUGUCGGACGUACUGGCGCGGGAAAAUCUUCCAUUAUACAGUCACUGUUUCGUUUGGCCUGCAAUGAGGGCGCGAUACUCGUAGACGGCGUUGAUAUCGAAAGUCUCGGCUUACAUGAUUUGCGUAGUAAAAUAUCGAUAAUACCACAAGAUCCGGUAUUAUUUUCGGGCACAUUGCGUUAUAAUUUGGACCCCAUGGAGGAGCGCAGUGAUGCGGAAGUGUGGAAGGCGUUGGAAGGUGAGCUACGUGCGCAUGUAUCGACACUGAUAGGCGGUAUUGCGUGUCGCAUGUAUGAUGGUGGUGCGAACUUCAGUGUGGGUCAACGGCAAUUGGUCUGUUUGGCACGCGCCAUUCUCAGGAACAACAAGAUACUUAUUUUGGACGAGGCUACGGCCAAUGUGGAUCCAGAAACCGAUAAACUGAUACAGAAAACUAUUCGCACCAAAUUUGCCGAAUGCACAGUGCUAACGAUAGCCCAUCGCCUGCACACCGUAAUGGACAGUGAUCGUGUCUUGGUAAUGGAUGCUGGACAAAUGGUGGAACUGGGGCAUCCAUAUGAGCUGUUGCAACGACCGCAUGGUUUUCUGCGACAAUUAGCCGAACACACCGGGGUCGCGAUGACGAAUUUGUUAAUGAAUGCGGCCGAGCAGAGUUACGAGCAGAAGAAAAAAGAUUUAUAAGCAGUCACAUACGUAACCUUUGCAAUUAAGACACCACUGAUGAAUUUAAUGUGAUAAAUUAAACUUUUGUAACUAGCCAUUGAUUGUUUACAAUCUCGAAAGCAAAUUUUGUACUUACACGUUUGUUUAAAAAUCUCAUAAAUGAACCGCGAAUCUUUUGCUUUGUUACUUAAAAUAUGUAAACGUACAUAAAUAUUGCAUAUACGAAGUUACAAACAUACCUAUACCCUAUACGCGUAUUUAGUAUGUAUAAAUAAAAACGAUUUUCGUAAAAUGUUUUGUAAAAAAAAAACAUAUUUUGUACUGCUUUAUAAAUACUACUAUUUUCAUAUACAAGUACGAAACUUCUUCCUACUGUUAGUAAAAGUGUAGCAUUUUAUACUGAGGGAGUAGUGAAGGAAAAGAGCACAAACCCACACAUUUGUAUGUCUUGAAAAUAAAAAAAAGCAAAUAAAUAUGUGUAAACUAAUAA